CAUUCACUAAGGGAGCAAAACCAUGGGAGUUGCCUUGCGCUUGGCUGUUGGAAUAAUGGGAAAUGCGACUUCUUUGCUUCUAUUUGCAGCACCCAUAUUAACUUUCAGAAGGGUGAUAAGGAAGAGAAGCACUGAGGAGUACUCAUGUAUACCUUACAUUGUUGCUUUGUUCAACUGUUUCCUAUACACAUGGUAUGGUUUGCCUGUGGUAAGCUACAAGUGGGAAAAUUUCCCACUUGUCACCAUUAAUGGCCUUGGAGUUCUUAUGGAGUCCACCUUUAUACUCAUAUACUUUUGGUUUGCUUCCGCAAAGGGCAAGAAGGUGGUUGCUUUGGUAGCGGUACCUGUGAUAACGGGAAUUUGCAUCACCGCAUUAGUAUCAACAUUUGCAUUACAUAGCCAUCGUCAGCGCAAGGUGUUUGUUGGGAGUGUUGGACUUGUGGCCUCUGUUGCCAUGUACGGCUCUCCACUGGUUGCUGUGAAGCAAGUGAUAAAGACGAAGAGUGUGGAAUUCAUGCCGUUCUCCUUAUCCCUCUUCUCAUUCCUGGCUAGCUCACUCUGGAUGGCAUAUGGUCUACUAAGUCAUGAUCUUUUCCUUGCGUGUCCGAACCUCAUUGGAAGCCCAUUGGGUCUCUUCCAGUUGAUACUUUACUGCAUGUACCGUAAGAAAGGAAUCAUAGCAGAAGCAAGCAAGAUGGACAUAGAAACCAAUGGAGUGGAAGUCAAAACUCUUCCCCAACCUGCAAUCAAUAUUACCAAAAAUGGAAAGGUCUAA